AUGAAGAUUGAUACAGGUUUCUAUAAGAAACAGAUAACGCCGACCUAUGACUCAGAUGCCAUCGACAGGUAAAUCGACAAUAUCCGGACUGACUGGCCGAGACUCUCUUCUUUUCAGACUUCGGUACUUUGCCACAGUGCUCAUCCUCGUCUCCUGUGCCGCCUUUAUCAUGGCCAAACAGUACGUGGGCCAAAGCGUUCAGUGCUGGCUGCCAAAGCAGUUCAAGGGCGGAUGGGAGCAGUACGCGGAGACGUACUGUCUCAUCGAGAACACUUAUUACGUCGGAAUGAACGAGACGAAUCUUCCGGCGGCUGGAACUCGCGAAAACAAAGAAUUGAGGUAUUAUCAGGUUCGUAAGGAAGACGGAUGAGUUCUAAUAUCAAAUAGUUCUUCAGUGGGUUCCGUUCAUUCUGCUAGGUUUGGCACUGGUUCUCUACAUCCCGAGAAUCAUCUGGCUGGCUCUGCAAUCAGUCAUCGGAAUCAACAUUUCCAUAGUCACUUCUCACCUCAGAAAGAAUGCCAGAAGUGGGUUCGCCAACGAAAGUGAGGACAUUGAGAAGAAGAGGAGGCAGAUACAGUACAAGAAGAGAAAGUUUGUGAACAAGCAAGGUGAGCCAGAAGGGAGCGGUCAUUCUGUUCAUGGCGUUCCUUCCAGUUGACGGCGAGUUCUGGGGCUCCCGAUUGACAAUUUGUCUUCUGACGACCAAGAUUAUGGCGACGGUCCUGAUUCUCUUGUCAAUGGGAUUCUUGGAUUACUUCAUGGGACUCGGUCCAUUGUACGGGUGGACCAUCACCAAAGAUCUUCUGAGUGGGCGCCAGUGGCAAGAGAGUGGAACGUUCCCGAGAGUCACAUUUUGUGAUUUCCAAGUCAGAGAACUGGGAUAUGUGAACAACUGGUCCCUACAAUGUGUUCUCAUGGUAAUCAAAGUGAAACUCAGACAACACGAGAACUUCUUGCAGGUGAACAUGUUCAACGAAAAGCUCUUUAUCGCUCUCUGGUGGUGGUACGUAGUGUUGGCAGUGCUCUCUAUCAUCGACAUCUUCCAAUUCCUGUUCCGAUUCACCGUUCACCAUCAGAUCUCCUUCAUCUCCAGAAUUCUCACUUGCACCGGCGACACCACAAUCGGCAAAACGGAAGUGGGAGAGUUCGCUAGGAAAGUGCUCAAGAUAGACGGAAUCAAUCUGACCCAUUUGGUUUAUGCGAAUGCGACCAUCUUUGAGGCGGCCGAGUUCUUGAAACCCUUGUGGAUACACUUCAAAUCGGAGCAGCAACACUAG